UGGUAUAAGUGUUGUAGCUGAACACGAGGGGAAGGUUUUGACAGUAUGGUCUCUUUCGGGGAGGCAGGUAUUUUAAUUUCCCUAUGAAGUUUGUACUGUAAAUGUAUAUACAAAAAUUUAUUGACGCAGCUCUCUAAGCUGCACCAGCCAAACUAGCCAGGGUUUGUCUCGUGCACUUCCUGUCCGGUUCAGUGUUGUGGGAUCAUCCUGGUCUGUACCAGCAACGUAAAAACAAAAUGAAGCCACCUCCUCGUACUAGAACUAAACCAGAUCGCAACCUGAAACCUGACCCCGUACCACAACGUUUAGGUAAACUUGCCUGCAAAUGGCAGCGAGCGGAGCAGAGGAAACUCCUGAAUGCCCUGAAAAGAUUCAGCAGGACCAUCGGAGAACACGGAGACAUCGACUAUACUUUCUUGAGAAAACAGGUGCCUACUCGGUCCAUUUCAGAGAUUCACACUGUGGUAGAAUCUCUGAAGAACAAAGUGAUCUCUUGUGCAAGCUUCAAGUUGAAAAAAAGGAGGUGGGAGGACAAGAAGGUCAGAAAGCCCAUUGAGGUUUGGACACAAAUGGCCUCUGCUGUGGCUGGAAACCUUGAAGAACCCAUUUCUAGUGCUUUCUCUCAGAUGCUGAUAGUGUCAUCCACAGAGCCUCGCACCCUGAGGAACUGUGACCCUCCCCAAGUCCGCAGACUGCCCACAGAUGGGCCUGUUGGUCGCACCAUCCCUUUGAGACCAAUGCGUUAUUUGCCAGUCCAAGGUGAGAGCCCUGGCACCAACACUGCCCAUCCUCUCCUGAUACUCAAGACUCCAGCACCAACCAUAGGCACAGCCAAAAAACUCCCAGCACUAUCAAAAGUUGUUAGAGUGCCAAACAGCAAAAUCCCCCCACCCCAGCAACAGCCUUCACCCACAGCUGGAACCUCACCUGCUGCCACCUGCUCCUCUCAAACUGCUGCCACCUUCUGCAUGCCAGGUUCAGCAGAAAUACUCGCUGCGCCCCCUACAACCCCACAGCCUGCCUCACACACUGUGAUCCCAGUCCCAGGACAGGGCUCACUCAGUUCAAGCUCUACAGCAGUGGUAAAGACUCCAGGUGUUGGCAGCUCUGUAAUCCAGACUACCCAGCAGAUGUCAGAGCAACAUCCUACCACCAACUCUACUCAAAAGUCCACUUUAUCCAGUCUUCACACACCCCUUUCUUCCUCUGCCACCAGUCUCACCCUACUCCCCAGUACUGCUCCAUCAUCUCUCGCCUCUUCCAGUUCAGCCGUCGGCAGCUGCUAUUCCACCCACCCCAUGCUCCCACUCUCCACCCCUGCCGUGGCAUUUCAUGCCAGGUUAGGUCACACCAGCAAAUACGCCACAAAAGACAGUCCCAGGACCUUUGGUGUCAAGUGUGUAGUGGACUUUGAGAGGAUCUAUCGCUACCUGAGUGUCAUUCACAAGCCAAAUGAGGAGUGCCAUCUCACCCCCAUGGAAAGUGCUAUCAUGUUGAACCUGUUAAUGUCUCUCCCUGAGGAGCUUUCCCAGCUGGACUGCAACAAACUGAACAAACAUCUGACCCAGCAGUAUAACAGUAGAGCUGAAAGCACAGCAUAAAGAACAGCUGCUGAAAAGGACUGAGUAGCAUAUGCUUAGCAAAGCAUAAAACCCAGGACUGUAAGUUUUGCCCACUCAGGUAAUGAGUUUUAACAUCUGUAGUCUCUGUAAUGUGCCCAAUAUGGAUGCUUGAGUUUUCAGGGAAUUGGGACUUUACAAUGAAGUUUUCCUAGCCUUGAAAACUGCAUCUUAGUGUUAUUAUUAUUAUUGUUAUUAUUAUUGUUAUUAUUAUUGUUAUUAAAUGUUUCGUGUGUUUUUACAAAUUUGUGGGGUUACUUUUGCAUUUACUACAUAGUUGUAACACAACUUUUGACUGUCAUCAGUGUCUCUUAGUCCAGUUCCGCACAGCAGAUUGCAAACUGUAGUGCAGACUGCUGUAGUAGUGCAGACUGUAGUUACUAAGAAGACCUUUCACUGUAUUUUACUCCUGUGUCUCUCAUACAUAUUAGAUUUAUUUAUGUUGGUUUAUGCCCCCUCUUUGCCUGUGCAAAGUUUGUCAUUUUUAAGACACAGUCGAUAAAUCUCUGAAUAAAAUGAUUAGUCAUUCAGCCCUAAUUAUAACUAGCUGUUUUUUUUAUGAUACACAUAAUUGUAUCAGCACACCUAUAUGUGUAAAGACCAUCUUUAAAACUUGUAGCUGUCAUUGGAGCAACCCAUGAAUUCUCUACAUCUCCUAGUCCCGGAAUCAAACUUUCAACCUUUUGCAUUUAAAGGAUAGUAAGUAGCAUUUGACAAGUGACAAUUCAGUUGCAAAUGGGGUAUUCCCUUAGCAUCUCUUAGCGCAGUUUGGUUUCUUAGGUGUUAUGUCACCAUAUAUUAUGCUUCAAAAAUAACAUGGACUUCAAUUGAGCAUAAAAGUUUAGAGCCGCUCAUUGUCUGCAGCUUGAACCUGCAGUCUCCCACCAGGCUGAACUAAAGCUCAGUACAAAUAGUGAGCUGCAGGGGCCUCCUCAAAAGAGAGAGCAACCUGUUAAGACACGAGCACUCCACCAGAGGGCAACAUGAGACCACAAAUGAAGAGUCCUAGAUUUAAGAUCAAAUAUAUUUUCAUCUCCCUUUGUUGAUUUGCAUCAGAUUUCACACACUGAAUUUGGAGCACAUAAUAGAUAUGCAGAGCAAAUAUAGUGAAAUUUAAAAAAUGUGUUGAUGAGUUAUUGUUGUAGUUUUGUAAAAAUGUGUUACAGUGCCCCCUAUCAUUGCAUUUACACCAGAUAUCACAAAGUAAAUCUGCAGUUCAUGCUGGAUGUGUCUACAAAAGAAGAGCAGAGUCAUGUGGCUACCAAUGACAGUACAGUAAUUGAUAGUGUCACUCUUAGUCUAAAUAUUGAAGACUAGUAUGAAAAAGUGGAUUUCACAUAUUUUGCAGAUUUGUGAAAAACAAUUCUUCGCAGUAAAUCCACAGCCUGUUCCAGGAGAUGCAGCUUGCUAUCAUAAUAUGGAUAUAACAUAUUUGAAUGUGCAGUGUAUGGUUAGUGAGUUAUAGACCAAAUGGCAUUUGCCUUUGUAACAAUGUGUACAAAUUGAGUUUGUACACUCUUCAACCUAUCCUUUUAUCAUUUAUCAGCCCAGGAUGUGAUACUAAAUCCCAGUUCAAGGUACGGAUUCUCACAAGUUCAGGUUAGAAGUCUUUCCUGUAUUGGAAAAGAGCUAAUAUUGACACAAUGACCAGAGACCUGCAGCAAUUCAACAGGACCCUACCAGACCUGAUUAGAAUGAAUAUAAUUUGACCUGCAGCAAUUCAACAGGACCCUACCAGACCUGAUUAGAAUGAAUAUAAUUUGAACUAGGCUCCACUUGGGACCCUGGCCAGUUUUUGGUCACUAGGAACCAAGGGAACCUGUGAAGACCUCUGCUUCCUUGUAAAACAUUGGAAAACAUGGCUUGAGACAAAUUACAUGUUAUUAAUGUGUGUUAAUACUAACACACACACACACACACAGGUUAAAGUACAGUAUGUAUAGUAAAUGCUGAGACCAGCAAGUAUGAACCAGAGCUGGUAUCGCUCAGAUGCAAAUUGACUUGAGUCCAGCAUGUCCCAGAAGCAGCAUCAGUACAGACCUGGUAUGUACUGAGCUUGCAACAGUAUUGGUACAAAAGAUUUCUUUAUUCAUUUUUUUGCAGCAAAAAAAUUUGUUAACCUGAAAGUCCAUUCCG